AUGCCGCCCAAGAAGAGGUUUCUUCGGAUGGAGAAAGACGACCUCAUCUGGGAAAAGCUUGAAGAGGACGUUGAUGAGUGGAACAGGUCGAUUCGUACGAACGAAUUGUAUCACGCGGUGGCCAAUAUGAUCCUGAAAUAUACAUCCAAGGAUGGCCAGCCGAUGCAGCUUCAUACACCGGUCUGGGGUGCCUACAAUAAAGUCUACCGUCUCGAAUACAAAGACGGCUCCUCGGUCGUCAUGAGAGUCCCCAUGCAGGGAGCAGUUCAAUUCCCCGAGGAGAAAAUUCGAUACGAGGUGGCCACGAUACGGCAUAUUGCUACGCAUACCACGAUCCCUGUUCUGCAUAUCUACCAUCAUAGAACGGCGGCGGAGAACCCCACGGGUCUAGGGCCGUUUAUCAUCAUGGACUAUAUCGAUCACCACCAAAACAUGUCGCGCGCACUUGCUGACCCUGGACGCGACAUUGGUGAGCGGCCCGUCCUCGACCCUAACAUCACCGAGGGGAAGCUAGAGCUUCUCUACGGCCAGAUAGCCAACAUCCUGCUGCAGCUGUCCACACUGAAAUUCCCUCGACUCGGUUCCCUUAUGGAAGAAGAGGGCGUAGGGUCUGUUUCUGUCGGAGGACGUCCCUUGAUCUCGAACAUGAACGACAUUGUCCAACAUAUAAAUGCACCAGAGGAGAUUCUGCCAUCACCAUCCCAGAGCUACAGCUCCGCUCACGAGUGGUAUAGCUCACUUGCGGACAUGCACAUGGCCCAGCUGGCGCUCCAGCACAACGAUGCCGUAGAAGACGAGGAGGACGCUCGCGACAAAUACGUCGCUCGCCAGCUGUUCCGCAACCUCGCCCAGCCGACGAAGACGGAAGGGGACUUUCGGCUAUUCUCCGAGGACCUCAGACCAGCCAACGUGCUCCUAGACGAGAACAUACGGGUCGUUGGUGUGAUAGACUGGGAGUUUGCGUACGCCGCGCCGGCACAAUAUAGCUUUGACCCGCCGUGGUGGUUGCUCAUUAAGGAACCAGAGUGGACGGAUAGCGGAUACCACGAGUGGAUGAAAGCCUAUAAACCUCGACUGCAGACCUUCCUGCGGGUGCUGGAGGCAGAGGAGGCAAAGAUAGCAGCGACUGACCUCGCCGACACAGGGAAGCAGACGUGGCUGCUCAACUACGCGGCUAGGAAGAGCUGGGCCUUUGAUUAUGUCUGGUGGAAAUUUCUAGAUGAGCAAUACUUUGGGCCAAACGAGGACCAGGACUACAAAAUCCGCCUUGCGCUUCUUUCGGAGCCGCAGAGGAAGGCGAUGGAGUCGUUUGUAGCGCGCAAGAUGGAGGGGAGCAAGGACAGAAAGAUCGUUAUGUGGGAGAAGCAGGAUGCGGCAGACCGUCUGGCAGAGGUUCUUAUCUGA